UUAUCAUAUGCAGUUCUAGUACAUAUUGUCUUUUUUUAUUAUAAUUGUUAUACCGGCUACUGAAACUUAUGUGUAUUAGAAAGUGGCUUAUGUUUCUCACUGUAAAAAAAAUUGUAAUAGCAUGACAGAUGGUUAUGAGUAAUUGUAUUUUUUACUUUUUUUUUGUACUUGUAGGCAUUCAGGCAACAUAUUAUGGUCAUGAUGUGGGCACCCAAACAACUGACAUGUUUCCCUUAUGUGCAGCAGUCUUCAACACCAGUAAGGGGCUCAGUCUUCAGGCCCAGUAAGAGACCUCGUCUGGUGUUAGAUGAGAAAGAAGAAUCAGAAUUAAAUGUUGAACCCACUGAUUCCACAUAUAACCCAGAUUCUGUUGUUACUGAAGAAUCAGAAUUGGCGAUAGAUCCACAGCCCGACCAAAGCGAUAACAAAUACAUUGUUUUUGAAAGCUGUCUUCGAGAGCUGUUUGUGUCCUGUCCAAUUUGUAAAACAAAGUGUGUUGUCCAGAGCAGACGAAGGGGGACUUUUGUUGCAUUCACCCAGCUUUGUGAAAAGUGUAACUACUACAGACAGUGGCAGAGCCAGCCCAUUGUAGGGAGUACCCCACUUGGAAACCUGCUAUUGUCUACUGCAACGUAUUUUACCGGUGGAUCUUUUAAACAACUAGAGAAGAUUUUCAAGGCCAUGAAGCUCCAGAUGAUGCAUUUCGUAACUUUUAGGAUUCAUGCCAGGAAUUUCAUUGAGCCUACCAUAAUACACAAGUGGAACCAAGAUCAACUGAAUCUUAUAAGACAGCUGCAAGAGGGAGGAAAUGUUGCUGUGGCUGGAGAUAUGCGUGCUGACAUGCCAGCAAUGAAGUUGGUGGAAGUUAUCAUAUGGAAAAGGAGGGAUUGA